CUCAGCAAUCCGCUGCCUGUGCGUGACCGGGCUCCGGGCAGCGGUUAACCGAUGCCUCCACACCCAGAUUGGUUCACGAAUCACGACUUCAGUCCUUCACCCAUGGUCGCCGCCGAUCCCAAAAAGACGCCAUCUUUUUCCAGCGAGAUGAGUGAUGAGAUACGAGCAGGUCACCCAUCCGCCAUCCUUGAAAGUUGAAAAUUCCCAAAAUCCUCCUCACCCUGCGAGGCCCCAGCACCGAAAGCACCAGCUUUUUCGCCACUCUUUCGCCCCGUUGCCGCCCACCGAGACCCCCGCCGCCGACCAACAAAGCGGCGUCAUUUGAGAGGAAGCGGUUGGGGGACCGGCUGCCGGCUAGAUGGCGGAACUGGCCGGACGCCCCGGGACGUCCGGCGGCCUGGCGCUGCGGACGGGCCAGUUCGUCUUCGCCGCCGCGUCCAUCUGCGCCAUGGCCUCCGCGCCCGGGUUCACCAACUACACGGCCUUCUGCUACUUGAUUGCAUCUAUGGGACUACAAGCACUAUGGAGCUUGGGGCUUGGAUGUCUUGAUUGCUAUGCCUUGAUAUUGAGAAGAGAUCUUCAGCAAGCUUUUCUCAUGAGCUUAUUUGUUGUUGGCGAUUGGGUAACGGCAAUUCUUUCAUUUGCUGCUGCAUGCUCAGCUGCAGGCGUAGUGGUACUUUUCAAGAGGGAUGCAUACUUCUGCAGAAGGGAUCCUCAACUCCCUUGUGGAAGAUUCGAAGUUGCUGCUGCAUUUGCAUUUCUUUGCUGUACAUUUAGUGCCGCAUCUGCUCUGGUAAUGUUUUGGCUGCUUGCUUCCUUGUGAAUUACUCUUGUGGAGUACGACCUUGUGUAAGCUCAAGCUGUCUGUAAUACUCUCUUUGUAUAUAAGCUCAUUUUUGAGCAGACCACACACUAGAAAUUCUAAAAAUUCUGGGACUUUGAGUUACAUGAGCUCUUGUUACAAGAAUAUAUGUUACAUUAGCCA